GCUGAUUCACGGUCUCUGCAAGACAUUUAUUAUCAUUCCUCAGUCUGUCUCGGUCCCUUCCAGACCAGCACCAUGAAGUUGUUCAUAUUAGCGGUGUUCUGCAUCUCGCAGGUUCUGUGCGCUGAAGACUGGUACUUCCCGUACGAGCUUCAUGAUUCGGCCUGGACAGAGGAGGUAAAAGCCGACAGGCCCAAGGACUUGGUCGAAGUUGCGAAAAAACUCCGGCUGAACAAACUAAUUGAAUAUCUCACAUUUGCCGGCCUUGCAGACACCAUCAAGACGGGAGGUCCAUUCACGGUCUUCGCCCCGUCUGACAAGGCAUUCGAUGAAAUGCUCAGAUGCCCAUAUCUGAAGAAGGAACUGUUCGCCAACAAGACUCGCGUUGCCGAGCUUCUCACGUACCACGUCAUUUCCGGUGAAGUGCUCUCCAAGCAGCUGUCCAAUGAGCUGCUCGCUCCUAGUCUUCUCAAAGUCGACGGAAAAGCCAUCAACAUCCGUGUCAACAUUUACGACAAGGGCAAGAUUGUCACCGCCACUGGAAGCAAAGUUGUAAAAGUCGACCAGAAGGCCUCCAAUGGGGUGAUCCAUGUCAUUGACAAGGUCAUGUUCCCCGUCCCUGUCUCUGACAUCGUUACCGUCCUCAGCAAGUUCGAGAAGGUAUCUAGUACCCUGGUGACGGCGGUCAAAGCAGCCGGGUUAGUCGAGACUCUACAAGGCGAAGGCCCCUUCACGCUCUUUGCUCCAUCUAACAGAGCUUUUGCCAAGCUGCCCAAGGAGAAACUGGAUGAUCUCCUCAAUAACAAAACAGCCCUCGCAGACCUUCUCACCUACCACGUGGUCGCUGGAACCAUCUACUCCGAUGGCAUUGACGGAGGCCUUACGUCCGUUCCUACCGUUGAAGGCAAAAGUCUGAAGAUCUUAAAGUGUCCAUGGAGCGGCCGAGUUUCGGUGAAUGGCGCAAACGUGUGGGGGCCGAACCUGUCCGUCAGCAAUGGUGUCAUCCAUCUUAUUGAUGCCGUUCUCAUUCCACCACCAGUUGAGAAGGAGACCACGUCCGAAAACAAGCCCCUUCCUUGGAUGCAGCUGAAGAAAGCUUUCGGAGUCGGGGUGCAACGAAUGGAACAGUUUGGCCGACUUUAAAGACCUGAACGUUCGCUCAAAGUAUGACAUUUGAAAUUGAGGUUUUUCAAUUAGAGCUUUUGACGAUUGUUUUUUAAAAUGCCUCCUGUGUCAAAAGCUGUGAACGUGUACGUUCAAUUGCAAAUCCAGGGUACAUUCAAAUAGGCCUACUUCUGCUAUUUAAUGUUUGUGUGAUAAAAUGCUCAUUGGCAACCUCUGCUCUUAACUGAUAUAAUCUGAAUGAACUAAUUAGGUUUGUAUCACGCAUUCAGCAAUUUCCGAUGGUAAACUAUUAACCCCACAAUGAAGCCUUCCCAUCGGCUCAUUUCUCAAGGAUACAGAAUUCGGCACUUUCGAUUGAACAAUCCGACGAAUUAACCCGACUUUUUUGCUUUCGAAAAUCCCUGAAUGCGAUGAUAAAUGUAUUGCUUUAUUCAAGACAUGUAUAACGCUACUAUAUUCACGUCCCUUAAAAACGUCACAAAAUAGACGAUCCAUCUUUGGAGCGACUUCCUCGAGGGAGAUUUAGAUUGAAUCUCAUCAUGUAUUUACAUGUAUUUUUUCUACUGUUAGAAUUUUUUACCUGAUCAACAGUGCUGAACUCCCGUUUGUAAUGUGCCAUGUAAAACCCUGCUGAAACAAAUCUGACGUUCUCAAAUCAUGUUCUUGUAUCUAAUGUGCUUACCUAUUUAUUCAUGUUUUUCACAUGAAAAUAAAAGAAUCUCUGUAACAGUAA